AACAUUCAAACAUCUUAAAGGCUCAUUGCAUUUAAGAACAAAUACAAUGACGAAAGAAUUGAUUUUGUCCUGGACCAUUACGAAGAUUUGUCGAUAAAGAAUUGCACAAGAGGGAAGAGGGAACAUAAAAAUGACGCCAUAGAGAGAGCCAUUGACAACUCAGACACAUUAUUACCUCAACAGUGGCAUUUAUGUAUCCAUUCGAUUGCUAAUAAAAUGCAACUUGCCAACUUCGUGGGUAAUUAGUUGUAUUAAUAUUCUCUUAAUUUCGGAGUAAAAUUUGUCACCAGCAGAGGAUUUCUUGAUGUUCUACAGUAUAAAGUAAAUUAUGAUUUAGAAACUGACUUAUUAAUUGCGAAACACAAAGAGACAGAUACAAGGAUUAUAUUACGUAUAUUGUCUGCUAAAAUGGAAGGAUUAUUUGUUACUAUUGGUCCAUUUCAAAGAUAUACUGAUGCCGGAAAUUUGGAUAAAAGUUGGAAGCAAAGAAACCGAAAGAUUUAUAGCAAUCCAUGAAUUGAAAAUGGAUAGUUCAAUGGCAAAAUGUCUACCAACGUUUCAUGCACUGACAGGUUGUGAUACAACCAGUCAGUUUGUAGGAAUGGGUAAAAAAACAUGCUGGAAAAUGUUUCUAUCACACCACAAUCUACUUAGUAAUGUUGGCAUAAAUGACAAUUUAGAAGACGAUUUUAAUAAAAUGGUUAAGUUUGUAAUGCGAUUUUAUACAAAUAACCAAAAUAUUUAUUGCAUAAACGACCUUAGAGUGAUUUUAGCGUCCUCAAAGCCGAUCAGCAAAUUACCUCCAACUUUAGACUCUUUAAAACAGCAUUGUCUUCGUGUACACUACCAGACUAAAAUAUGACUGAACAGUACGAUACCCAGACCAUCUUUACCAGAUGUAUCAGAGUGUAGUUGGAAAAUUGUUAAUGGAAAACUGGUACCAAUUUUAAGCACAGAAUCAAUACUACCUGAGGACAUUUCUGCUUUAAAUACUUGAAAUUGAAAAAAAAAGUAAAUUAUUUAUUAUUAUUAUUACAAGUAUAUUAUUAAUUUAAAUAUUUUUUUAUAAAUUGCAACGGGCCACAAUGUUCCUGCAAAAAAAGAAACAAAUGU